CAACCUCCAUCUAGAUGACUCUUCUUCCCGCUAAAAUAAAUACCCAAUUUUGUCAAAAAAUGUAACCAAAAAAAUUAUAAAUUAAUCAAACCACCCCACCAAAUUCAACUAUAAAUUUGUAAGUAUCAGUUCAACGAUCUUUAGUAUCGGUUGUGUCAUAUCUUUCAAGCAACAACAACAACGCCAGCCGCUACCAUCCACCACCAGGUUUUAAGGAAAAGAAAAUGGCACGCAAGAAGAUCCGAGAGUAUGAUUCCAAGAGAUUAGUGAAGGAGCAUUUCAAGAGGAUUUCUGGUUCUGAAUUGCCCAUCAAAUCUGCACAGAUUACGGAAUCGACCGACUUUAAUGAGUUGGUACAAAGGGAACCAUGGUUAUCUUCAUCCAAACUGGUUGUGAAACCUGACAUGUUGUUUGGAAAGCGCGGAAAGAGUGGACUCGUUGCUUUAAAUCUUGAUCUGGCUCAAGUUGCUGAGUUUGUCAAGGAGCGGCUUGGCAAAGAGGUUGUGAUGGAUGGAUGCAAAGGACCCAUAACUACAUUCAUUGUCGAACCAUUUGUUCCACACAACGAAGAGUUUUAUAUCAACAUUGUUUCUGAGCGGUUAGGGUGUAGCAUUAGUUUUUCAGAAUGUGGAGGAAUCGAUAUCGAAGAGAACUGGGACAAGGUUAAGACAAUCUUUUUACCCACAGGAGCAGUGUUGAAUCAAGAGACAUGUGCUCCUCUUGUUGCCACCCUCCCACUGGAGUACAAAUCUGAAAUCGAGGAGUUCAUCACAAACAUAUAUUCCCUGUUCGUAGAUCUCGACUUCACUUUCUUGGAAAUGAAUCCGUUCACUCUGGUCAACGGAAAGCCUUAUCCUCUUGAUAUGAGAGGCGAGCUUGAUGACACUGCUGCUUUCAAAAACUUCAAAAAGUGGGGCAAUAUCGAAUUCCCAAUGCCGUUUGGAAGAGUUAUGAGUCCUACUGAAAGCUUUAUCCAUGGACUUGAUGAAAAGACUAGUGCAUCUUUGAAAUUCACGAUUCUUAACCCUAAAGGCCGCAUUUGGACCAUGGUUGCCGGUGGUGGUGCUAGUGUCAUCUACGCAGAUACAGUUGGAGAUUUAGGUUAUGCUGCUGAGCUUGGAAAUUAUGCAGAAUACAGCGGUGCGCCCAAUGAAGAAGAAGUUCUGCAGUAUGCUCGAGUUGUCAUCGACUGUGCAACGGCGGAUCCCGAUGGUCAAAGGAGGGCGCUUGUAGUUGGUGGCGGAAUCGCAAAUUUUACUGAUGUGGCAGCCACUUUCAAUGGCAUCAUUCGUGCGAUGAAGGAGAAGGAAGCGAAGUUGAAAGCCGCGAACAUGCACAUUUAUGUACGACGGGGAGGCCCAAAUUACCAAAGAGGCCUUGCUAGAAUGCGUGCGCUCGGGGCUGAAAUUGGCAUCCCUAUUGAAGUAUAUGGGCCAGAAGCAACAAUGACAGGAAUAUGCAAACAAGCAAUUGAAUGCAUCAUGGUUGGUGCUUAGAUUUGGUGGAUCUUCUUGGACUUAUGUUUCAUUGUUUAAUGUUAAAGUUUCAAAUGAGAGAUUGAUAAGAAUGUUGUAACUGAAAACAAUUUUCAUUUGUAUUUGUGGGUUUAACUAAGGCAUUCGCUAUAGUAACUCAAAAAAGUUGUAUGAUGUAACUCAAAAAAUAAAGUCAUGUUUUACAUUGAUCGAAAAUAAUAAAAAUGAAUACCAAUACCGGUUCCGGUAA